AUGGAUUCCAUAUGGCAACUCGACUCGCUGGACUGGUCCACCGAAGAACUACUCGACCCUUCCCGCGAUCCAACCUUUUCUCUCUUCUUUGACAAGACUCAUCCCCUGACUCAUUCUACUUCAGAGGUGGACCCUGACAACACAGACCUCAUUGUUCCAGAUCCCGAUUCGACCGAGGAUGUCGCCUCCGUGCCUUCUCCAACGCCUUCAGCCGACACAACAACCGCCGAUAUGUUAAGAACCACCCUCGAACACUGGCUAAAACAAUCUCUAGCAUCCUCCUUGUCGGACCUUGCGAGCCUUUAUGUUGCGGGACAUCCUCUUUGCUCGAUCCCGCCAGAAGUCGCACCACUUGUCAGCGUGAAUGUGCUGUAUCAUGUCUAUGAGCAGUACGGUUGCCUUCCAGCUAGAAUCUCCUCCAUCGACUAUGACACGCCUCUUCCGACAUAUCUCAUCGAGUUACCUUCAGCGUCCUCUUUUUUAACACUUCGUGUAGCGGUGUCCUGGCCCACUCUCAAGCAUCGCACAGCGAUAAGUCAGUAUCGGCUUGCCGCAGGAAAUCUUUCUAUCCAGGCUGCUCUCAGCUAUGAACAGCCUAUGUUCACCAACGUCAAAUCCUAUCUUUGCAACAACCUUCAGCUCAGACGUAUGGGUCUUGCUGAUUCUUCUCCAGUGCACCAACAAGACACAUGUGCACCAGCCAAAGACCUGAUACCCGCUCCUUUUGAUAUUUGGCCAUCAGCCAUAUACUCGUCAACACCUUCUGACAAGAUCACCUCCGGAGAUGCAGAACUGAAUCGUAGAGCAUGGCCAGCCAUCCGCUGUAUCAAGCUACAGGAUCAGUUCACUCCUUCCAACACAUCAGAACGGACCAAGGAGCCCUCGAACAACGUGCCACUUUUUCUCACCCAGAGAGAGACUGACAGUGGAGAAGGAUUGGAGCGGUUUGAACCCACGCUCCUCAUGAAACGGUUCAAGAAGUGGAGAGGCGAGGUUCAGGACGAGCAGCAUUUGCCGGAUGACCUUGAUGCUGAUCUGGGGGCGUUGGAUCUUGAGGAGGAUCUACGACUGCUGGAGGAAGAGGGCGAGUUUCUGUUCAGGAACGAAAUGGAUGUUGAGGAUUAUAAGGGUCUCUGUCCGAAGCAUGAUCUCCGACGCAUGCUCAAGGCUGCCUCUGGCGAAGACGCAGCAGCAGACAACAUCAUGGAACAGUUUCUACGUAUGGAGCAUGACGAUGUACCAACAACCCCUACUACUUGUGACGACCAGGAAGCCCUCUUUGACGGUAUUGGCACUGGAGGCAUGCUGCUGGCUGGACAAGGUUCCGUCAUAGACCUUUCUCGGGUUGUAGGUUGGACAGCGCUCAACGCAGACGUUCUAUCGUCAACGACAAUGGAGUCGGUUCGAGCGAUGGUGGACCCUGACUUUGUCCUGGAACAAGAUCUGGCAGGUUCGAGUGGCAAGGUUGAUCGAGGGACACUUAAGCAGAUCUGGCCUCGUCUGAAGAGAGAUCAGCAGGUUCGCCUUUUGGGUCAGUUGGCGAGGAUGCUGGUAGUUGUAUGGGACAACUUUAAUAUUCUGGAUGACGACCCGCGCGAUGACCCGACAACACAACAAGGGCUGGCCCCUGGCAAGGUCGACGCUUCUACGGAUGACUACGAGGAGAUUCACCGCCAAACUCGGCCUGACGUCGCUGGACCCUGGGUCAGACAAGACCCUGUGGAACAAAUUGAGACAGUAUCGAUUUCGGUACGACAGUCGGCAGAGGAGCGUCUUCGCCUGCUUGAGGAUGAGUUCAUGAAUCGGUCCUUCCUCGACGCCGUCCACGAGGCAGCCAGGCCUGUGCAGUCACAGUCUGACGGACAUGGCGGCCAUGGUCAAGAUGUCAACGAUCCCCUCACCAGACCAUCGAAGGAUUUACUCACCGUGCACGCUGCCAGCGGCGGUAUAUCAUUAGCAGAACAUGUGCGCCCACAGUGGGACUUGAACGACAUUGAUACAGCCCAACGAAUGACAACCACUCGAACAAGAGCCAAGGAGAGCUACUUCGCCCAAGACAAGACGUUCAUCUUGCCUCUGCGUCCAGACAGCACUCUAGAAUGUGGGUCAGUCCGUCCUUUUGAUUUCUCCUUGGAUGACCUGCUCAUUCAGACCGACAUUCGUCCAGGGGUAGCACCAUCGUCGUCGCUUCUGCUACAGGAUCCCAAGAUUAUUGGCGUCUCGAGAUGGAAGAGUAUCGGUCCACGACCACCAUCGACACCUUUUGUACCACCCCCAAAGGACCUGCUUCCGCGUAGCACGAAUGUCUUUCAAACGACGGCGCAAGGGUCUCCUUACCCUCUUGUCCACCUCUUCAGCCUGCCCGAUGUGUUCUGUCCAGUUCAAUUUGGAGGCCAAGAAGAACAAGUGGAGGAAGAGGAGCAAGUGGGACUCGCCCAUGCCUUGGCACGCUUACUGGCGAAGCAACGACCGUUGGCGGCCGAGUUCUUGACAGAGGAGGUGGAGGACAAGGAACGGAGAAUGUAUCAUCGAUGGAUGGCGACAUGGCAUGAACGGUCUCCUCGGGCACCCAAGGCGACAAGGACACGAUUUGAGAUGAUGAAGAUUUUGCGUGAGCAUUGUCAACAUGGAAGGAGGCUGUUUGGGCAAGUUCAAGGCGACGAUAAUAACAGAGACGACCAAGACUACUAUUACGGCCGAGAAGGAGGAAGGGAAGGUAGUAAUAGCAUUCCACGACGACAACAGCCCGAGAACAAGGAGGGAGCGGACUUUACUACGGCGCUACCUUCUUCAGCCCGCUGUUCGAGAUGCAGGGACGAAUGGAACGAGCAGGAGAGGACUCGGCAAGAAAAAGAGCAGUUCCACAAAGCCUGUCAGGUUUGGGACAAGUUGGCUGCUGAUAGCGAUCAAUUACAAAGGAAGGAAGGAGAAAGGCAGAGGUGGGAGUAUGGAUACGGACAAAAGAGGACGGUCGAUGAUGCAAAACAGACCCAAUGGAACCAAGUUGGGAAGGAGGAGGCGAAUUUGGCGUUAGAAGGUCUAGGCUUGAGCAACGCCCAACAGCACAGCCUUGCGCAGCUCCUCGGUCUUGGUCUUGGAUUGGGCUUGGGUUCUGUUGGCUAUGCUGGUGGUGGUGUGGGCAUGGGAAAGUCCACUUUGAUCAAGGUUGAAGAGAGGGGAGCUAUUAACCACAAUGAUGAUGUUGAGGGCAAGCUGAUUCCUGGAACGACCACAGCAGAGACGAGGACAAUGACACACCCAUGGCGACUGUCCGGGGAGGAGCAGGCAAUUGUGGAGUCACAUCUGUGGGGGACGAUGCGGCAGUGA